GUAUGUAUGUUAUUGUCGUUGUUGUUGUAUGUCGAUGAUGAAGUACUACAUGGGUAUCCUAGCUCUCAUACAUGGUCGUACAAGUUUGCAAAACUUGUGUUUUUGGCUAACAUCAAGUUUUCAUGCCGGGAAGUUCCAAAUUGGAGGUAGGUAAAAGGCCACUUCAUACGUAGAGCUCAAAUUCGAGACCUCUGGUAUUCAAAUUCGAGACCUCUGGUUUCAAACAAUAGUUUGUCUCGUCUAGUUGGUCUCCUUCUUGGCAUCAUUAUGAUCUUACAUUGAUUUGCAACUAUUACAAUACUAAGCAAUUUUUGACUUUCUUUGAUGGAUAGAAUUCCUUUCUGUUGGAGGCGAUAGAAGUUGUCCUAAGUUAUCGAAAAAACCUUCCUUUGAUCUCACUUGAAAUUGCGUAAUUAAAAAGAGUAGUUCUCUGUGUUGAGAGAGAUCUGAGAUUCCAUAAGUAACUUAGCGCUAGUGCUUUAGAGCUUGAAAUAAGAAAAUGAAAUAGAAACAACCGCGCACAAGAUUACAGUUGAUAUAUUAACUCUAGGUUGAGUUUAUCCCGUAUUUGGUUGGGAUAAAUCGCAAAAUAACUUAUUCUAAAAUUAUAGUGUUAUUUUUAUCCCUCACUGAUGGAGGAAUAACAAUCUCGAAAUAACUAAUUUGAAAUAAAUUAUCUUGAGAUAACUUGUUCCCAGCCAAACGAAUCCAAGAAUUUGAGAUGCCCCACAAGAAAUCUUUAAUUGAUGAAAGAUUUGGGCAGAUCUUUUGGAUUUCUUCUUAUAUGUACCAUACCACAAAGCAUUAUGUGUGCUUAUCCUUAAUUUUUUUAUUUUUUCUUUCUAUAUGUGACCUCAUGUGUAUUCAAAGUUCAAGUUUGACAUUAUUAUAAUGAAAAGAAGAUAAACUUUUAUUGUAUUUAAGGAUUUGUAUAGCAGACAAUGCAACCUUUGGUUACUAUACCAAAACUAGUGAUGCAAAAAAGGGCUAUAGUAGAACCGGACACGGAUUCAGAAUUUAAAGUUUAGGGUUUCUAUAAUGAUUAAAGUUAAAUACUACUAUCUCCGUCCUAUUUUAUGUAUUGUCAUUUGAUCGGGUACGGAGUUUAAGAAAUAAGUAAUGACUUUGUAAAGUUUAUAAAAUUGUCCCUCUUAAAGUUAUUUUAAUGUUUACUUUUUAGUUGUCUUUUCUUAAUAAGCGGGACCCACUAAGGACAAAAUGGGAAUGAUAUUAAAUAGUUGUCAAAUAAGGAAAGGUGACAUUCUUUUUGGAACGGACCAAAAAGAAAAUGACGACACAUAAAAUGGGACAAAGAGAUUAUAAUACUUAGUGGAUUUAUUAAUAUAUACAAUGUUUGGGUAAAAGCUUUUGCGUUCAUGUAAACUCAUAACCGACCCUCAAAAUUUGCCCACGGCCGGGUCAAUUCAUCAGAUGGUAAAUUAAAUAUGGCAGUAUACCUAAUGUAAUCUCAUAAGUGAGAGUAAGACCUACGCAGAUGUUGUCCCUACUUUUGUGAGAUAAAGAGAUUGUUUUCGAUAGACCCUGAACUAGAUAUAAUAUUAAAUGAAAACUGAAAAAUCCCUUUUGAUGACUUAAUAAAUCUAAAGCCAAUGGUGGGGUUGCCACAAACUAGUUAGUGUACAUUAUCAACCUACUUUGGCUAUGUAAUGAAUUUCUCCAUACCACUUUUGCUAUUUUUAUAUGUACAAUAUUACAACUACUAUAUAAAGCGUGUCACUUUCUCAAGUUGCUACAACCAUAUCACAUAAAUACAUCAAAUAUACACAUUAUGGCUUUCAAAUUGCAACUUAUAACCAUGCAAGAAGAGAAAUUACGAAAAGGCCCUUGGCUCGACGAGGAAGACGAGCGACUAGCAUUUGUUGUCUCCAUUUUAGGUGAACAUCAUUGGGAUGCGUUAGCAAAAGCUUCAGGACUGAGGAGAAGUGGAAAAAGUUGCAGAUUGAGAUGGAUGAACUACCUUAGACCUAAUUUAAAACAUGGCCAAAUUACUGAAGAUGAAGAAAAUUUAAUUAUUAAACUUCAAAAACAAUUGGGAAACAAGUGGUCAAAGAUUGCUAAACAAUUGCCAGGAAGAACUGAUAAUGAAAUAAAGAAUUACUGGAGAAGUCAUUUGAGAAAGAAAGCACUUAUUUAUGAACAAGAAUGCUUUGGAAGCAAUAAUACAAGUAGUGAUUCACAACCAAAAUUAUCAUUUGCAAAAGAUGAUAAUUGUCAUAGCUUUGAUGAUGGUGAAGAAGAAUCCUCCAGAUUAUUGGAUUGGAUGAUACCAAGUUGGACAUAUGAACAAAGUCAAAUGGAACAUCACAUGUACCUUUGUAAAAUAUUAAACCUAUGUUCUUGUAAUUAUUCUUCUCAAGAUGAAAAUAUUAGUAGUACAUGGGAUGAUGCUUCAUCAUCUUCUAUUUGGGAAUACUAGUA